UUACAGGAUAACUGUCAGGACCGUAGAAAGGAAGUUAGCUGUUUUUGAGGCGAUGCACGCAUUUUUGUUUUGAUACAUGGCCUUGAACCCUCGUUAGUGCUGCUUUUGUGACCAGUAUCAUUAUAUUAUUAGCUUACCGUCUUCAAAGUAUAUUAGGUCAACAGUAACAACGCCACCAUGGGGUUUCUACUGUCUAAAUCCAUGGAUGCAAACUUUAAAAAGCAGCAAGAAUUCAUGCUCCACAAUUCCCGGCUGCAGAUGGAGCGUCAGAUCCUGAUGCAGAACCAGAUGAGAGAGAGACAGAUGGCUAUGCAGAUUGCCUGGUCCAGAGAGUUUCUCAAAUACUUCGGCACUUUCUUUACAGUGGCUACACUGGGACUCACUGUAGGUGCCAUUAAAAGAAAGAGACCAUUCCUAUUGGCUCCCAUCUUUCCUUUCGGCUUCAUAUUUGCCUACCAGAUGGACAGCGCCUAUGGGACACUUAUUAAUCGUAUGAGAAGGGAGGCUGAGAGUAUCAUGGCGUCUGAACAUAACCUCCUGGACUUGCCUCAUGGGACUCCAACUUUCGAUAGCAUAGAGAAGGCCCGCCGAGCUAAAAGCAGCCUCACCUCCUUCUUGGAGAAAUGACUUGCUGGUUAUUUGAGACAAAAUCAGAAUCGUCCAGUCGAUGCAUUCACCCAUUUUGCUUUUUCUUAAUUAUGCCUUUUUGACAUUAUUGAGUCCACGAUUUGCACUAAUUAUACAUCAUGGACCUCGAGUCACAGUAGUCUCAAUAUAAAUUAAUAUCCAAAUAAUGAUGUUGUUUUGUGGUUAUUGUUAUUAGAGGUGCAUCAGUAGCCAAACCCUUUCAGCACUGAACCACUAAUUACUUUAAAAAGCAGAUUGGCUAAUGCAGAAUACCAAUCAAAAUACUUAAGUUAGUUAGUAAUAAGCUGUUAGUACUGUAGUGUAUCAUGAAAUAAAUCUGCAACAUAAAUAUUUGCAUCAAUUGCAUUUAACCAUUUUAACGUAAUUCACUCAGAGACUAAAGCUGUGUCCCAAAUCUAGACUACAUACUAAUUUUAUACAAUAUAAACUACAUACUAACUGUCAUAGUAUACUGUUUUACCAGUUAAUAUACAAAAAUAUCAACAUACUUUACCAUUUUAUACUAACAGGAAAUUAUACAAUACGUGUGAUGUUGGAUGUCAAUGAGACGACAACUUUGGAAAGCUUCAGCCAAUUAAACUUCACAAAAAGACAUCGAAAUGUUUUUGCGUCAUUCCCUAUACAGUGUGCAUCAACAACACACUCAAAAAUCGACCGUAUUUAGCUUGCAUGCUGUCUGGUUUUAGUUAUUUUGUCACUUUUCCAGUCUGAAUUUACCACAUAGUAAAAACCGGCUCAGACUCAGUAUGUAGUAUGGAAUUGGGACACGGCGUAUGUCUCAACAAGUUGGGUUGUGCUUGUUUAUUAUGUUCUUAGUUAAAGCUGCAUGAAGUGAUUUCUGACCACCAGAGGGCAGAAAGACUCUUGAACACAAGAGAACGUGAACACACUCACAGUAACCUAAUCCUUACAAAGUCUGAGCUUAUCAAGGCCAUAGGGCUAAUGUUUUAGCAAAUAGUUGCCUACUUGCACAUCAGGCAGAUACAAAGCAACAUGAAAAUCUCAUUGGUGUAUAUUUUCUUGCCACCUGACGUGUACCAAUGCAAUGUUCACAUGUUUUUUAGCUCUAAUUUGGUUCACACUAGACACAUAUCUGGAUAUCUGACGUUUUCUGCAAGGCAUGCACUCGCUGUCAAAGCUUCUUCGCUCGAACAGACCGGAUAAUCAAAGCAGCUAAAGAGUGAUCAAAAUGAGAAUAUCAAAAAUAUUUUGGAGUUUUGAUUGUAAAGAUUCUCAACACGGCAUACAUUUGUCCUGACAGCAGAAGAUUGUUAUUCCCCCAAAUUGUAUCACUAAAACCUUUGGUCAUUGUAACAGGAAGAGACAAGUUUAUUUGCAAAGGUUGAAUUUGAGUGCUAAGGAGCUUUAUACCAAAGCUAUAGUUGGCAUUGGUGCACCUGUAAGUUUUAUUUUUAUUAUCACAGUAAUAUUCCGUGGAUUUAAAAUAUUACAAGGUGCUAAUAUUUAUGCAUUAUGUAUUUAUCAUAAUUUUAACUUGUUUGACAUCAUGGAAACUAUAUUUGUAAAUCCAAUAAAAAUAAAUAUCGCAAAGUC